AUGGCUUGCAGUACCUCAGGUGAGCCUGAUACGAAGCUUUCUAAGGAGGAGCUUUGGAAAGAACUGCAAAAUGCACAUAGGCUUCUUCAGGAGCAAAUAAUUUUACCAAAUGUUCUGGCUAGUCAAGGUGCAGAAUCUCUCACGGGUCAAGAUACAACUGCUAAUGCUUUUCAUAUAGAGCAAGAACUUAGGAAUUCAAGGAAGAUGCAAAAGAAGCUGGAGGAUCAAAUCAGGAAGACUAUGAGGAAGCAUGGUGAGGAAAGAAGAUAUAUUGCAGUGAUGCCUCCUGAUGAGGUUGUCAAGGGCUAUCCAGAUAUUGAGCUUAAGUGGAUGUUUGGAAAGAAAGAGGUAGCAGUUCCAAGAGCUGUGAGCCUCCACUUACUUCACGGUUGGAAAAAAUGGCGAGAAGAUGUUAAGAUGGACCUUAAACAGAGUCUCUUGGGAGAUUCUGAACUAGGUAAAAAGUACAUCGCUGACAGACAGGAACGCAUUCUGCGGGAUCGGGAUAGAGUGACAGCCAGGACUUGGUAUAAUGAACAAAGGAAUAGGUGGGAGUUGGACCCAAUAGCUGUUCCUUAUGCUAUCUCCAGGAAACUCGUGGAAGGUGCUCGAAUAAGGCAUGAUUGGGCUGCCAUGUAUGUUAUGCUUAAGGGGGAUGACAACGAAUAUUAUGUUGAUAUUUGUGAAUUUGAAAUGCUGUUUGAAGAUUUUGGUGGUUUUGAUGCAUUGUAUAUGAGAAUGCUUGGGGCUAACAUUCCCACCGCAGUUCAGCUUAUGUGGAUUCCCUUCUCCGAAUUGGACUUCAGGCAGCAGUUUAUCCUUUCAUUGGAAUUUUGUCGUCAGUGCUUUACUUUGUUGUGGAACAGCCCUAUAGUGUUAAACCCAAGAAAAUGGGCAUUUGAAGAAUUUAGAAAUAUUAAUGAGGAUAUAAUGGUGAUGAUUGUUUUCCCUCUUGUGGAGUUUGUUACUUAUGAGGUGAGGAUGCGCUUGGGAAUGGCUUGGCCAGAAUAUUCCCAUGUAUCUAUUGGCCCAUCAUGGUACUUGAAUUGGCAAUAUGAGGCUGAAACAAGCUUUACAUCAAGGAAAAAAGAUGUGUUUUUGUGGCAUUUAUGGUUUCUGGUCAAAACUGCCAUCUAUGGGUAUGUGAUGUAUCAUGUUUUCCGGUUUAUGAGGAGAAAAGUUCCAAGAGUUCUUGGUGCUCUUGGUUCUGGGAAUUCAAGAAGAGAUUCCAUCUUAAGAAUGCUGUGGAGAGUGAAAUUUUACCGUAGAAUGAAGAAAAUGGCUAAAAGAAAGAAACUAAAAGGUGGCGUUGAUCCUAUAAGCACCGCUUUUGAUCGUAUGAAGAGGAUAAAAGAUCCUCCCAUACGGUUGAAAGAUUUUACAAAUAUUGAACCUAUGAGAGAAGAAAUAAAUGAAGUUGUGGCAUUUCUACAAAAUCCCCAUGCAUUUCAAGAUAUGGGAGCUCGUGCACCACGGGGUGUUCUUAUUGUUGGCGAGGAUGGAACAGGUAAAAAAUCCUUGGCAAUGGCUAUAGCAGCAGAAGCUAAGGUUCCGUUAGUUCAAAUAAAAGCAAAGCAGCUGGAAACUGAUCGUAUGGCGGGCCAAAGUGCAUCAAACGUCAGAGAACUGUUCCAAAUAGCACGAGAUCUGGCUCCUGUUAUUAUAUUUGUGGAAGACUUUGACCAAUUUGCUGGUGUCCGCGGAAAGUUCAUUCACACUAAAAAGCAGGAUCACGAGUCUUUCAUCAAUCAACUUCUCGUGGAACUUGAUGGGUUUGAGAAACAAGAUGGUGUGGUUUUGAUGGCUACCACUCAACAUCUUAACCAAAUUGAUGAGGCUUUACAGCGUCCUGGCAGAAUGGAUAGAAUAUUUUGUCUCCAACAACCAAUUCAAGCAGAAAGGGAGAGAAUAUUACGUAUUGCUGCAAAAGAAACGAUGGAUGAGGAUCUCGUUGACUUUGUUGAUUGGCAAAAGGUUGCUGAAAAGACUGCUUUUCUUCUCCCGGUAGAGUUAAAAUAUGUCCCAUUGUCCUUGGAAGGUAAUGCAUUCAGAUCGAAGUUUGUUGACACGGAUGAACUUAUGAGCUACUGCAGUUGGUUUGCUACUUUCAGUCCUGUAGUUCCUAAAUGGGUGUGGAAAACCAAACCUGCGAAGAAAAUAAGCAAGAUGCUUGUGGAUCAUCUUGGCUUGACAUUGACAAAAGAGGAUCUGCAGAAUGUUGUCGAGUUGAUGGAACCAUAUGGUCAAAUAAGAAAUGGCAUAGAAAUGCUGAGCCCACCUCUUAAUUGGACUAGGGAAACAAAAUUUCCCCAUGCCGUUUGGGCUGCUGGUCGUGGUCUCAUGGCUCAUCUGUUACCCAACUUUGAUGUUGUUGAAUAUCUGUGGCUUGAAUCUUCUAGUUGGGAGGGAAUUGCAUUCAGCAAGAUUACGAAGGCUAGGAAUGAAGGUUCGCCUUAUGGGAAUGUUGAAACAAGAGCUUAUCUUGAAAAGAAGCUCGUGUUUACCUUUGGCUCGUACGUGGCGUCAGGGCUACUACUUCCCAUUGGGGAAGAAAGUAUUCUUCCUUGUUUAGAGUUGAAGGAUGCCCGGGAGAUAGCUACUAGGAUGGUUAUGCAGUAUGGGUGGGGUCCUGAUGAUAGUCCGACAAUCUACCACCAUGGAAAUGCGACUACAACUCUGAGUAUGGGAGACAACUUUGAAUAUGAGAUGGCUGCUAGAGUUGAAAUGCAAUAUCAGACUUUCGGCAAAAUAGAUCAAUCGGACCUUUCAACUCAGCAGCAUUCUUUCUCGGAGGUGGUAAAAGAGUGUCAUCAUCUUCGUCACAAAUUGAAACAUAAUUGGUAUCACCGAUAUCUGUUUUUACCUCCACAUAAGCUCAAGUUCUUCUCGGACUUCCGCCUGAAAUAUUUUGCUUGCUGCAACAUCGCCUCUUUUCCCAUCAAAUAG